GGGUCUUUGUACUGCGUUUAUUAAAACCUUUUAAAAGUUGAUCAAACUUUUUUGGAGUUGGAUCUGCUGUCAUGGCUUUGGGGGGACACUGCUCCUUUUGCUGGUGGGUUUGGGGAUUCACUCUGGUAUAUCUCUUCCAGCCUUGCAACAGUCAGCAUGAUCGAGGAAUUUCCAUCCCUGAGCAUGGCUUCUGCCAGCCCAUCUCCAUCCCCCUGUGCACUGACAUUGCCUACAACCAGACCAUCAUGCCCAACCUGCUGGGGCACACCACCCAGGAGGACGCCGGGCUUGAGGUGCACCAGUUUUAUCCUCUGGUCAAAGUCCAAUGCUCCUUGGACCUUAAGUUCUUCCUGUGCUCCAUGUACGCGCCGGUCUGCACCGUUCUAGACCAGGCAAUCCCUCCCUGCAGGUCUCUGUGUGAGCGGGCUCGGCAGGGCUGCGAGGCACUCAUGAACAAAUUUGGAUUCCAGUGGCCCGAGAGAUUGCGCUGUGAGAACUUUCCCAUCCAUGGGGCAGGAGAGAUCUGCGUCGGUCAAAACACCACCGAAACCGAGGGCCCCACGUCCGACCCCACCCCAAGUCUUUCUGAGCUUGUGACCUUUCCUCCAUACAUUUGGGGCAACCAGCCUUUCUUCUGCCCCCUGCAGCUCCAGGUGCCCUCCUACCUGAAUUAUCACUUCCUCGGAGUGAAGGACUGUGGCUCCCCCUGUGAGCCCUCCAAACCCAAUGGGUUGAUGUAUUUCCAAGAGGAUGAGCUAAAGUUUGGGCGGCUCUGGGUUGGAACCUGGUCUAUUCUAUGUUGUGUCAGCACCCUUUUCACUGUCCUCACCUAUCUGGUGGACAUGAAGCGGUUCCGAUACCCAGAGAGACCAAUCAUCUUCCUGUCAGGCUGCUAUUUCAUGGUGGCGGCGGCGUACAGCGCUGGCUUCCUACUGGAGGACCGAGUAGUGUGUGUGGAUAGGUUUAAAGAGGAUGGCUACAAGCUGGUGGCUCAAGGCACCAAGAAGGAGGGUUGCACCAUCCUGUUCAUGAUCCUCUACUUCUUUGGCAUGGCGAGCUCUGUGUGGUGGGUGGUCCUUUCUCUCACUUGGUUCCUGUCUGCUGGGAUGAAAUGGGGUCACGAGGCUAUUGAAGCGAACUCGCAGUACUUCCACCUGGCAGCCUGGGCGGUGCCAGCGGUGAAGACCAUCACCAUCCUGGCUAUGGGACAGGUGGACGGUGACCUGCUCACUGGUGUCUGCUACGUGGGGAUCUACAACGUGGAUGCACUGCGUGGUUUCGUACUGGCGCCUCUGUUUGUCUACCUCUUCAUCGGAACUUCUUUCCUGCUGGCUGGCUUUGUAUCACUCUUCCGUAUCCGCACCAUCAUGAAGCACGACGGCACAAAGACCGAGAAGCUCGAAAAGUUGAUGGUGCGAAUUGGUGUGUUUAGCGUGCUGUACACAGUGCCUGCCACCAUCGUCAUCGCCUGCCAUUUCUAUGAGCAGGCCUUCAGGUCGCAGUGGGAGGUAACCUGGCACAUGCAGACCUGCAAGCACUUUGCCGUGCCAUGCCCAGCAUCAAACUUUGCAUCAAACACGCCAGACUUCACCGUCUUUAUGAUCAAGUACUUGAUGACCCUUAUUGUGGGCAUAACAUCAGGGUUCUGGAUCUGGUCAGGGAAAACUCUACAGUCGUGGCGUCGUUUUUAUCAAAGACUGAUCAAUAGCAGCCAGGGAGAAACCACCGUGUAGUACCGAAGAAAUUAAAAACCUCUAACAGCCUGAGGU